CAAUUAUCAGGCUAAAAAAAAAACAAUCUGACAGAAUUUUCUGUGUGCGGAACAGGAUUUUUUUGCCGAAUUUUAAAAUUGUAAUUAAUUAUGAGAUUUAUAGAAAGAAACAAUUUCCGCGAGUGCCAUGGCGAGUUAUUAGUAUAUAAUAUAAAAUAAUGAUACGGUCGCACAAUGUCGUCGCCCGUGGUGUGUCGUGAAAUAUUCGAUGAAAACAGUCAACCAUCGGCCGAGGAAAUAUCUGACUAUGCUCAGCAACUGGGCAUUGAUCCUGAAAGUGAGAGUCAUCUCCUGCCAUUGGCCAAAGAUGGACUUAUGCAAGCACUACCACCUCCUUGGAAAGCCUAUUAUGACGACAAAAUACAAUCGCAUUACUACUACAAUGAAGACACGAAGAGAACACAAUGGGAGCACCCACUCGACAAUGUCUACCGGGAACUGGUGAAGAAAGCAAGGGAUGCGUCUAUGCAAGAUGAUACCUGCGCCUCUGUUCAGGAACUCCUAACAUCGGAGGAGAACACGAAAAACUUAGAGCGGGUUGAAACGAAGGUCGAAAGCGAUGAGGAACUCAGUACGGACAGUGAGAACCAUGCGUCUGACGUCAGAGAAAACCCGACGCUGACUGGACCUCGACGCCUAACACCAUUAGGCAGACCCCCACCAUCUCCCCUCACCAGGCUCGACAAGAAACUCUCAGACACUCGAAUAUCACCCCUAAGACGCAGCGUGGAUGGUGCACUUUCCGGCAAACCGAAUCUCAUGAGGAACACUUCAGAUAGGGAUUUGCUCAGUCGUUCUACGUUCGGAGCAGAAAGACCGAAGCUCUUGUUUAAGCAACAAUCUGAGAUUAUAGAUCUGAAGAUGCAUGUGUUGAAUAGUCCUGAGGAAGAGAACUUCAGUCCGUUGCUGAUGGCUUCUAAAGUUGAUCGGGGAUUUCCAUUGACAGGCAAAGGCAACAUGUUUCUCAAAGUAUCAAAAUCGGAUCUCCCAAGCCCGGACACGGAUAAAUCGUUGCCUAUAGACUCGGUUACUAAGAGUGAUCCGCCCAAAGGUAUACUGAGGGAGAAAAUGUCGGAUCCUUUCUAUAAGAAGGUGGAUAAUAUGUUCUUAGGGAGACAGAAGCAGCCAGUCAGUUUUGAAGAAGAUCGGAAGAGUGUCAGAUUCAAACUCGAAAACCUGCCAGAACCGACAGUUAGUCCGGGAUCAAACAGCUCAUCAGAACAAAACGAUGGUCAAAGCUCAAUCAUUUCAGCCCCACCACACCCCGCAAUACCAUCACCUAUCAUCCCAUCAUCACCAUUAUCACCAUCUCCGUUCGUUUCAUCGCCGGUGAUGUCACCAUCUCAAGUGCCCCUCAACCAGAUUGUGUUGACCCCUCUGUCCACACGACCACCUUUGCCGCCGAGGCCUAAUGAAAGUCCAAGGGAUACGAAGAGCUUGUCUGGUUCCGAACGAGAUUCUGUUGACAGCGAAAGCCAUGCUCGCGGUACGUCACCUCGUCGCCGCGUUCUAAGACCACCGCCCGGAGACUACAUCAAGCCAGAUCUAUUUCAGAAGAAUUUCCAAAAGAUAUCUGAUUUAGUCAGACCGGGAGACAUAGACACAUUGCCUGUUAGUCUGGAGGAGCCGGGGCAAUCUGAGAAGGAAACUAGGCCUAGAUCACCAAUGAUACCUCAAAAAAGUAAAAUUUCAAUUAAUCUAAUGGAGAGUAUAGAAUCGGAAACCUCAAUAGAUUCCCCGGAUAGAGAGUUUGCUAAUUUAGACCUUAAUGACUUGGACGAAUCUAACGAGAAUCAAAAGAAUAGCAACGAAAAAGAAAUAGAGAAAGAUUUAACAAAAUCUGAAGAUGUUUCGGAGAAGAAAUCUAUCAGUUCAGACAAAAGGUCGAUAAGUUCGGAUAAAAAGUCAAUAAGUUUAGAGAGAAAUCGUUCAAACGAAAACAUACCAAUACCUCAAAUCAAAGUUCCUAUAUUAGACUUUUCGAAAGCCAUCCCAUCAGACUCUGAUGACUCGAAGAAGAGUUCGAUUCGCGAAGAAGAUUCUAAAUCAAAAUCCCACGAGCUUUCUAAUAUGAAGUCACCUCAAAUAAAGGUAUCGCCGACACCAAGCCUGGGUACAGAGAUGAGAUCGCCAAGACUGGAUUAUUCUAAACCUUGGAGUCCGUUAUCAACGUUCAAACCACUAAACAAGUCAGUAUUAUCACCUCAGAUCAAAACCUCAGAUUCAGCCUCAAGUAUCGGGAAAGGUUUAACAAGUCCAAGACUAGACGGAGUCAUACUAUCCCAAGGAAAGUCCAGCUCAGACAAUGUAGUAGUCGUAUACCAAUUUGAGACUCAAGAAGAGUCUUUCCCAAAGCCUAUAAAGUCCCCCUUAAUUCCUGAUAUGGGAACAAGAGAUUUAAUGGAGAGGAACAAAGCAGAUGAGAGGAGAAGACUGGAGUUAGCUUUACAGAAGGAGUUGGAGAGUAUUAGACUAGAAUGGUCGGUUAGGGAGAGGAAGUUAAGAGGAGAGUUGUUAGAAGAGUUAAGGGAGGCAGAAGAUAGGUUUUUAGCUGAGAAGAGAAUGAGAUUGAGUGAGCAGGCUGAGAGACAUAAGAGGGAGAUGGAUGAGGCUCUAACAUCAGCUGAACAGACGCACAGACAGACUCUAGAACAAGCUACAUUAGAACUGGAAGAACGCAACCAGCAGGACAUAGAACUAGCGGAGAGAAAACAUUCAGACAAUAUGAACAGGUUACACCAACAGUACAGAGACAAGCUGAUUGAACAACAACGGCAGUUGGAAAUAGAAAACGAACGCGCCCUAUGUGAGCUGCGGGAGCAAUUACAAGCGAACCUGAGCAAGGAGCGCGCGCGUAUGAUAGAAGAGAACAGAGCUACUAUAGAGUCGCUCAGAGAAGAACAUACUACUAAAGUUACUGACCUUAGGCACGAUUAUAGAGCUGAGAUCGAGCGCCUCCGCAGCGUGCACGCGUGCCACGUGGAGGAGGUCCGCGCGCGGCUGGCCAGCGAGCGGGCCGCGGCCGCCGCCGCCGCCCGCCACCCAGACCGCAGCGACCGCGCGCUGCACGACAAGUACCGCUGUCUCAAGGAGAAGUACGUGCGACUCAAGCACGACGUCAAGAUGUCAAUAGAGCGUCGCAACAAAAGACGUGAGAUGAGUAUGACUACGGGCUCCGAGACCGAGAAAUCUAACUCGCACAAAGCCAACCAAUCUUUAGAAAGAUGUAAAGAAGUAAACGAGACGUCAGUGAGUGCAGUAGUGGAGCCAGAACCUCGCACUCGUAUCAACAACAACCCGAGCGUGAAGUACAACGACAAUGAGACUUCCUACUCGGAGAGUAACGCGCACAAACCGAUCGACAAUAAUAAUGAAGACUGGAAACUUAGAAGGGAUAAUUCGGUGCCGCCAGCGGAGCCUAGUCAGACGUCAGUGAAGCGUGCCCGCGGUCGGACGGCGGUGGCCUUCCGCGAGCCGCCGCGCCGCCGCGACGACAGAGAUACAGGUGCUACAACUGACUGCCAAGAUUCCUCAGAUGCAACCACAGCCGAUGAAAAACCUAAAGAAAAUGUAAAUGGACACGGCCGGCGCAGAUGUUUUACAAGAUUAAAAUCUGCUUCCACAUCGCGUCUCAAUUAUUCACCAAAACGCGGCGAAGGUUGGUCCAGUCCAUUAGAAUCUCUACGGCAGCAGUUGAGAAAACUAGACGAUUUAGAAGAUCAGUUCCCAGACCUAGCUUGUCAACCGGCUUAUAGUCUUCGGUACCCAUUUUCUGAAUUAGGUCCAGUAACUACAGCAGACACUCCAGAGUUGGAGUUUGUCCGUCACCGCGCACUAGUCGAGCGGGAAGGUAUGCGUCGCGCCCGCGCCGCGCUCAAACGGAGGAAGGCGGCGCUCAGGGAAACUAGGGCUUCGCUGUCGCCGCAUAGGGCGCCUUCGGAAGAACGCGAGGUCACAGAACUAGAAGUGGCAUUGCAUCGCGCGCGGGCUCUGCUCGGGGAGAAAGAGAUCAGGCUGCGACAUAUCGAGCGAGCUCUACGCAGACUGGCCGACACCCACCCACCACUCAUACAGCCGGAGGGCACGACGAGCUCGGCGUCGUCGGCGAGUUCAGCGGGCGCGGCGCCGGCGUCGGGCGGCGCCGUGCUGCGCUCGCUGCGCGCGCUGCACGCAGACGUGCGCGACAUCUGGCGGGCACUCGACGCGCGCCGCCCGCAUACUGCUUCACCAGAGACGAGCUCAUGCAACGCAGCCACCACGUCGCAGACUCGUAUGACGUUAUCAGCUCCAGAACCAGUAUUACAAGAUAAUUCAGACGGCGGUGUCGCAGAACGGGCUCGCGGUCUCCGAGCUUGGUUACAAACUGCACCUUAGGUCCAGGUACCACGACAUAAUAUGCAUUGUAAAGAAAACAACUAGUGACUUAGUAGUUAAAUAAUUCUAGAACAUUCUUUAUGGGUUUUGAAGUAUGGAUAAUUACCUAUUUGUCAAGUGGGGAAAAACAAAUCUUUAAUGCUCAUUUUUGUACCCUUAGUAUGAAUUUGCUUUACGCUUAAAGUAAUCGAAACGAAAGCGCAGCUGGCGCUCUUAUUGGUUGGUUUAUUGAGCCAGCCAAGCAAAGCUUCGAAAGCGCUCUCGUACUAAGGUUACAGAAUUCGAUUUUUUUUCCGUCAGAUUUUCGAUGACCUAUUGAAUUUAUGAUAUGAUUCGAUGAUACACCAUUGGUAGACUAUCUGACAUGUAAUUUCGACUCGUUUUGUUAUCCUCUAUGUCACAAAAAUCCCAACAGUUAGUACUGAAAGACUCUAGUGAUUAUUUAAUUCCACUUACAUAUUAUGUAGUAGUGUUUGAACUUGACUUGUAGUACUGUUUGAACUUGACGAGUCGUAAAUAUAUAAUUUCAGUUAUGAUGCAUGAAAUAUAAAUCAGUUUUGUUGUUUGUAAUGUUUAAAUACUUCGAGACUCAUAAAGCAUUUUCGGAUUUCAGGAUACGUACAAUUCAAAAUACCCGAAGGUGUUCGCACAAAAAAUAUGCAUUAAAAUAUCAACAUUUAUGUUGUUCAUUACUUUUCCAUCCAGUAUACGUAGAUUUGUGAAAUGUUCGACGUUUUUACUGUAGAAAAAUAUUAAUUAUAAUAACGUUUAAAAUCAGUAUAUUUAGAAAUUUUUGCUAAUAUACCACAAACAUUCCUACAGUUAGUCUUACACAAAAUAAUUGUGUCAUCACUGAUCUCAAAGACACCCUGUAUAUUAUAUGUAACAUUCGCUUGUGAGUAGAUACCCUAAGAACAUAGGUCCAAGCUAAAACCAACCUUAGGAACGCAACAAUAAAGAUCGUAUUGUUCUUCUAUACAUUUUGAACAAUUAAAGCUUUUAGUAUAUUGAAUGUACAAUACACAUUCGGCCACGAAAAAGUAUACAAUAAAUAAGAUUAAGGUUUUUUCUCAAAUAAAAAGACGUUUGUUCAGAUUAUGUGUAUUUGUGUGAUCUGAAUAGUAGUGACUUGAAUAAAAUUAAAUGAAUCUUUAUAAUAAUUAGCCAAAUAAUAAAAUUUUUAGAUAUAAGUAGUUACUUCUAGUCAAUAUCACUCAUAGAUGUGUUGAAAUGUGCUAGUUAUGACUUUAAAGUAUAUAAUAAUCGAUAAAAUAAAAGUUUACUGGCCAGGAAAUGUAUGGUUGUCCUUUUUAAAGGACGGAAAAUGUAUUCGUAAUAAAUUGUAGGAAGGAAUGGGUGAGUAAAGGGACGAGAACAGACUUUUCUGUUUGAUUAUAUCGUUGGGUGUUAUUCUGGUGUAGAGAUAGAUAACAAUCAUUAAAAAUUGUCUGUAAAAGGUGUAUGUUGAUAUGUUGGUUAGAAACUUAAAAGUAUUUGUUAAAAAAUCGCAUCAUUGCGUAAUUGCAUUAUAUCAAGGGUUUCGAUUAAAUCACAAGGUCUUUUAAACCCAAUCAGCUUAGCUAUCACAAAUUAACUGGCUACAGCGACUAAUGAGGUGACAUUAGAAAAUUUUAUAUUGGUCAACAGAUCGUAAUCAACUAAUGUACCGAAAAUUAUUGCCUGAAACUAUGACAAUUUGUUUGUCAAAUUAACCAAGUAAAUGAUUCAGCACUCACCCUGGACCAAUAGUAAUUUUGUAGCCAACAUAACAACAUACAUGAAAUUAUUAAUACCCACCUUCAUAAAUGUAUAAUAUUUAAAAAGUAUAAUAGUAUUAGUAAAUUCAAAUAAAGAGAGGUUAUUGUGCUCGCUAGUUGACACUGGUGUGGUAUAGGAUUCAAGAUACAAUACCCUUAUCAGUCUGAAGAUAAUUGUCAAAGAACUUGUUAUUAAGCAAUAAGUCUAUUGGUUCUUAGAGAGGAAAGGGGAUCUUAAACGACACUAGCGCCACUACUAACGCAAAAAUCCUUUUAAAAAUAAUUGGUAAUAAUAAAUAUCGACUUCUUUCGCACAAAACAUUCCAGGCCAAGUGAGAGUAGUUUAAUUAUAUUUAUUAUAAUAAUUAAAUUAAAUAUUAAUAAUUAAAUACUUACCUGUUAAGAAUUUUAAUGCAUUUAUUGAUUAUAAUUCUGUGCCAGAUUUACACUGCAUUUGUUAGUGGUUAAUUUUGUUAUUUUUGUAUAAAUGUGUGUCUAGUUAUAUUGUGUUUAUUUAUAAGUGACCUUGAUGGAAUAAUUUGUACACAUAUGUAGUAGAACUGUCUAUACUUUUGUUAUAAUUGGGCCGUUACAAACGUGCGAACUGUCAUAAGUAAUUUUUAUCAGAUCUCUCGCUCACACUUAUGCAAGUUGUGCGGGAUAGUCACAUUAUUUUGACGUGACAGUUUGCAUGUUUGUAAUGAUCUAACAAUAGUGCACAAUGUUUUGAAUUACUUUUGUGGAGAAAAUUAAGUGCAACACGGUUUAUUCAGUGCCAUAUCCUAAUCAGUGUUGGAAAAUAUACAGACCUUGUAUAGAAUUAAAAUAACGUAAAAAUUAUAUAGCAAAUAUUUGGGGGAUCCUGGGGUACUUCAGUGCCUCUUGUAUUAUGAUGGCUAAUUCGGCUAAUAAGAUCUUAGCUACUACGGACUUAAAAAAAACAUUUGUAACUUCCACAGAAUAGAGAAGAAGAGAUAGAAAUAGUAUACCGCAUGUGUUAGUAUCAGAACCAGCGUGGCAAUUUUUCUGAAGCCACGCCCAAAUUAACACAUCUCCAGGAUAAUCAUAAUAUGUCACACUAGCAAAAACAUUCUGUGACUGGUCCGUGUUAAAUGGCCUUUAAAUCAGCCGUCACCACUUUGAAAAAAACACAUUAAUUACAUAUAAAUAGAGUUGACUCUUGUCUACUAAUUUUAAAAUAAAGAAUCUUCUUUUUCAAUGCAACAUAAUUUCACUAACAAGUUCUGCUACUCGACGCUAGAUGUCACUAUCAUAAAUGCAUUCAAUUACGCUGUAUUGCUAUCAUGUUAAAGUUGACAUUUGUUUAACGAGCUACUUUAUCGCUUGUAUUUUCUCUAGUGAUGUUCCGAUAUCGAAAGCUUACUUAUCGAUAUAAUUAAAAUGUUCAACACAUUUUAAUACUCGUAUACAUUAUAUUAUUUUAUCAGAUUUCUAUAGGAAUAAACAUCUUUCCUUGUAAAACUGUAAAUAUAUGUAU